AUGAGUCAAAACCUCAAAGAUGAGAAACCUGAGUCAGAUCCACAGUCUGAAUUACUGCCACAUCAGUUACAUGAUUCAUCAACUGACCAAGUAACGACAUCAUCACUCUCACCGUCAAUAUCAUGCUCAACUACUAUGGAUCUGGUCUUAACUCAACCACCUGCUGUCCUACUUUCCAAACAUUAUGGAUCGAUUGCUGCAGGUCUUUCAAAGGCUCGUCUUACAGGUUUAGUCGUUUCAACUGCGCUAGUCGGUUGUGGUUUGGCAGCAUCGACUAGUAUGGUAUCACCUGAAUUCCUAGAACAUUGUUAUUCUACUACAGCUUGUCUAGCUCUUGGAACUACACUAACCAGUUCCGCUGCAAAUUCAAUUAAUCAGAUUAUUGAAAUUCCUUACGACAGCCAAAUGACGCGUACACGAAACCGUGUACUUGUUCGUGGUUUAACUACACCUGGUAAAGCAGCUCUUUUUGCCCUAUCUUGUGCUGGAUCUGGACUAUCAUUGCUUUAUUUCGGUGUAAAUCCUCUUGUUGCUUCAUUGGCUGCUGUGAAUAUGUUAUUGUAUACAUGUAUAUACACACCAUUGAAACAAGUUAGUCAGAUUAAUACAUGGAUUGGAGCUUGGGUUGGUGCUAUACCUCCAUUGAUGGGUUGGGCUGCAGCUACUGGACAAUUACAGUGUGGUUCAAUAAUGCUAGCAUGUUUGCUCUAUGUAUGGCAAUUUCCACAUUUUAUGGCACUCAGUUGGAAUAUGCGUAAUGAAUAUUCUAAAGCUGGCUAUAUCAUGACAUCUAUCAUCAAUCCGGAUUUAUGCAAACGAGUUGCUUUACGCUAUGCAAUUGCAUCAAGUUUAGUUUGUUUAGCUGGCGCUGGUUGCAGUGCUAUUAGUUUAGGACCAUGGGCUGGUUGUGCAUUAGGCAUCGGUUCAUUACCAGCUAAUAUUGGCUUGAUUUAUUAUGCAUGGAAAUUUGCCAAUUCCCAUUCAAAUGUUACUGGAGCUGAUGGAAGUGCUGCAGCUGCAAGACGUCUAUUUCGAGCAACAUUAUAUCAUUUACCUGUAGUUAUGAUUACUGUGUUAAUAGGUUCUUAUUUUUCAAUCAAUUCUGGACAUAUGUAA